AUGCCAGAGUUCAAAUCGUUUAGUACACUGGAGAGAGACUCGCUGUCGAGAUCCCAUAAAGAACUGACUGUCAAUGAGAUAUAUGCUGAGCCUGAUAACUUUCUCGAGAUCGAUGUCAUCAACCCUGUGACACACUUGCCCCAGGACAGCUCCGACACCAGGGGGAUGUUCACCGACUACGAGAUCGUGUGCCGCACGAACAUCCCCAGCUUCAACAAAGGUGCCACCCGUGUCAGGAGGAGGUACUCAGACUUUGAAUUCUUCAGGAAAUGUCUCAUCAAGGAGCUGUCGAUGCUGUCGCACCCAAAGGUCAUCAUACCGAACUUGCCGGGCAAGAUCUUGCUGGGUACCCGAUUCAGCGAGGAGGCCAUCGAGGAGAGGAGGAAGGGACUCAGCAAGUGGAUGAAGUCGAUUGCUGGCCAUCCGAUUUUGCAAUUGGGGUCCAAGUCUCUGGUCAGGUUCAUCGAGAACGACAAGUUCAUCGGCUAG